AGAAGUGAAGACAUCGAGUGUCUGAAGAGUGGUUCCAAUGCACUGAAUGGUCAGUCAGACCAACAACUCUAUGAUUUGACUCAAAAGAAUCUGUUGACCGGAGAAGACAUGGUUCUGAAGAGAGCAGUCAUUGCCAGAGAGAGUGGUCUUCCCUGUUAUGACCAGUUCUACCAGAAGUACACCAAAGGAUUGGAAGCAAUUUUCUUGGGAUCCAAUGAAACCAAACGACUCGAUGGGGCCGACAGUCCGCAGGAGAGAUCGGAUGCCAUGAAAGCCAUUGCCGGCAUAACUCAGGCCGUGAUAUGCGAUGAGAAAACUGGUGGCCGACGAGCUGUUCGUACNGUGUUUUGUCUGCUGAAGAUCGGCACAGAGAUCUACGACACAAUUAUGGUGACAAAUGUGGACAGAAGUAUGACUGACAUCCAGUUCGACGACAUCUGUGUCUUCGCCAACAUUCCGCCCGAUUUUGAAUUCAAAUUAGAGGUCUAUUCGCGUGUACUUCACGACGACCUCAGCAUCGCCUCAACGCCCAGAAAGUUGUCUAAAAAGAUCUCGACGUCUGUGUCGAAGACGUUGGGCAGGAAGUUGGCCGCAGCUGUCAAAGAGGACUUGGACUCUGAAAAUGGUCCGAAGUUUCAUUUGGUUGCGACGGCGACACUGGGUUUGAAACAGGCGUCCGAUGCCAUCAAAACCCACGACAUGAUGAUCGAGAACCUGGAGAACCGUAACUCACAAUUACCACUCUUUGGACACUUUUGCUGCCGACUGGCCGUACAGCCCGACUGUCAGACCGUUGAGCGCAUCACUGGUUAUCUGAAAGUAAAAGAGGCGACUGUGAGGACACAAAAGAUUGAAUCCAUAUAUUGGGCGUCGCUUAAGAACUUUCAACUGAGGUUUUGGUCGAAAAAGUACGACAGAAAUAGUUCUUCCAGUUAUGGCUCGUCUAAGAAGCGCUUCGAUGCCAUUGACGCCGAUCUCGUGAUUCCCAUCAAUAAGAAGACAAAAGUGAAUUCGGGAUCAAAUGCGCUGACAAUCAGUAACGAAGAUAAGUGUUAUAUACUGUCCAAUGAGAACACAAUGCCUGACAUCAAACAGUGGGCCAAACAGUUGGAGCAAACCAUUCACGACUUCAAUAUAUGGGAAUCGGUGGCCGAGUAUCACAUGCCUAUCCCGUCGCCAUCGCCUACCAGAGCGCCCAUGUAUUUAAAGCAGAGGAUUCCCGGUUCGCUAUACGAUGAGACACCGAUUCAAGAACCUCAAACUCCAAACUACAAGACGACGACGGGGACAGUCCCGCGACGACAAUCCAAUGGCGAUUCCCUGCGCUCCCGGUCCUCAUCCCUGUCCUCUUCGUGUACGAACAGCUCGUCGGCCACCAGUUCUGGCAAACACUCAUCGCAGUCAUCGCCCACUCAAUACAAUAAAGACUCGCAAAUGGAUUGUAAACACAAUUUCUUAUUCUUUCGGCCGAGCAAUCAGGGAAAGCCUUUAAUGAACUACUGAUCCCAUCAUUACCUUCACUAUACAUAUAAUUUUCGACAAACUAUAAUUAUUUUACAUAUAAUUCUAUAGAAAUGUAAUGAAAUUCUAAUCAUAAUUAUAUUGCAAUCGAUUUCUC